CAUCCCCGCGCUAACGUCAUCACCGUGAACGUCAUCCCCGCGCGCCGCUACCGGCGAGCCAAGAUGGCGGCGCCCGGCGGCGGCGGGGCCGCCCGGUACUGCCUGGUGAGCGGCAUCCCGGCCGCGCUCCGCUCCGCGCACCUCCGCGCCUACUUCAGCCAGUUCCUGGAGGCCGGCGGCUUCCUCUGCUUCCACUACCGGCACCGCCCCGAGCGCCCGCCGGCGGGCGGCGGCGGGGCCUCGGCGCCGCGCACCUGCUGCUGCCCGGUGUCCGUGCGGCCCGGCCGUGCCCGCCGCUUCGUCCGCAUGUACUCGGGCAAGCGCUGGGUCGGGCCCGACGGCGCCGCGCUGCCCGGCCGCUGCCUCAUCCGCAGGGUCCGCCUGAGCCCCGGGACAGGUACGGGCGGGCGGGGCCGGGCCGGCAGCGCGUCGCUCACCGAGGCGCAGCUGCGGCGGCUGCCCGAGCUGAACCCACCCCCGUUCAUGCCCCGGGGCAACGUGGGCACACCCCGCAGCGAGUUCCUGGAGCUGAUCCGGGCCUGCCGCCUGCCGCCCCGCCUGAUCUCCCGGCUGCAGCUGGACUUCCCCCGCAGCGGCUCCAGCCGCCGCUACGGCAGCGUGCCCUUCCGCUACCCCGGCACCGUGGCCCAGGGCCGGGGCGUGUACACGGCCGCGGGGGAUGAGAUCACCGAGGCACCGGAGCCCCGGGGGCUGACUCAGCCCGCCCAGCCCCGGGAGGAUGAGGAGGCGCCGGAGCAGGAGGAAGAGGAGUCACACUCGGAUGAUGUAAGCGGAAUAUUCCAGCACCGUCGCCUGCUGGAGCUGCGAGGGCAGAUCCCACGCUCAGAGCUCGGUUUUCAGCUCUUACUGGGACACGUGAAAGCUGGGCCAGCAACAAAGCUCCCCUGUGCCAGAGCUCACCAAAAUGCUGCUUCCCUUCUCUUGGCAGACUUUGACGAGCAGACAGCCGACGACUGGGACGUGGACAUGAGCAUCUACUAUGACAAAGAUGGAGGGGAUAAGGAUGCCCGGGACUCGGUGCAGAUGUGGCUGGAGCGGCGGCUCCGGGACGGGCUGGAGGACGGCUCUGUGUCAGGGCAGCCCAUUGGCACCUUCGAGAGGUACACCAAGGGCUUCGGCAGGAAGGUCCUGGAGCAGCAGGGCUGGACAGAGGGGCUGGGCCUGGGGAGCAGCAACUCUGGGAUGGCCGAAGCUCUGGACAACGAGGGUCAGAACCCCCGGUGCAAGAGGGGGCUGGGGUACCACGGGGAGAAGCUGCCAACUUUUAUCAGGAGGAAGAAGCCCCGUGCUGACACUUCUGUUGUCAUCUCCACCAUCUACGAUGACCCUGAGCCCCAGGACAUGGGUGACCAGCUGCUCAGGCGCCAGCCCCCCACGGCCAUGAAGUACAGGCAGGACAUGGCCUUUGUCCGAGCGUCCCAGCCCGCCCUGGGCAGCCUCAGGGCCCAGCCACGCUGAGCAGGGACUGUCACAGC